AUGCUAACUCGACCUUCAUCAUCUGUAGGGGUGAACGCUAUGCUGAGGAAGGUGGCGUGUGCCGCGGCCUCCAAACCCUCGGUGGAGAUCCGUCAGAACGGAGAGCAGUUCUACAUCAAGACCUCCACCACCGUCAGGACCACCGAGAUCAACUUCCAGAUCGGACAGGAGUUCCACGAGGAGACCGUGGAUGGACGCAAAUGCAAGAGUCUGGCAACCUGGGAGACGGAGAAUAAGCUCGCCUGCAGGCAGACCCUGCUGAACGGAAAUGGACCGAAGACGUACUGGACACGGGAGCUGAGGGGUGACGAGCUGAUCCUGACGUUUGGAGCCGAUGACGUGGUGUGCACCAGGGUUUACGUCCGGGACUGAAGCUCCACGAGAAACAGAUGGAAGAACCCGCCAACACGUCCACGCCCAACACGUCCACGACUGACAGUUCAUGACCAUUUGUCAUUCCCACUUUUUAUUUUUGUUUGAAAUCAGCAGUUGAUGAGAUGUCUUUGCUCCUGAGAGGAGGCGCCGCUGGAACCUUCCUGGUUCUCUGAAGUGCUUUUACUUUAAAUUUAAUAAAAAUUUGCACAGAAUAAAACUAAAUCGGGACGUAAAUAUGAGAUUUUAAUUUGUGUGUGGGUGUAACCUGUCCUGUCAUCCUCACAUUCCUCUCCUCGUAUUUAACU